AUGCCGCUGCUGAUGCUCAAACGGAAGCAACACGGGCAGUUUCUUCAGGCGAUGCGCCAGCCACGCCGUAGCAUGCCGUUUCUAUCACUGGCGGUGUUUUUGCUGCUGUUGGUGUGCUGCACCGUGGAAUGCCUCGCCGGCGCCCCCGCCGAACCAGGAAAUACAGUGAUGCAGCCUUUGGACGCGCAGAGAGGGUCUGCGCCAACUCCUGUCCCAGAGGGCACGGGCUCGGAACAUACUUCGAAGGGCGCAACUGAACAUCAGGGCAAUUUGCCAGGAACGGCAGGAGGGCAAAACACUGCGGGAGGGCAGGGCACUGCGGGAAAAGCGCCGCAGGUGCCACUCCCAACGUCAUCCCAAGAUCCACAAGCGCCACCGCAAACUUCACCGGAAUUGCAAACUGAGGUGGGGAAAAACGGCGGCUCGUCAGAGCAAGAAGGAGACACCAUUUCCAGCCCCACGAAGGCCUCACCACCUGGCGGUCAUGUGCAGCCUCCGUUACAAUCGUCUACCUUGCCGGGUGGUGCCGCUGCUCCACUGGAAGAUGAUGUGGAGAAACCACCCGCAGAGCCCGCCACCCAAAGUAAUGCAUUGACUCCUCACGACGCCAAACCCUCCACUGGGGAGUCACCCGGGAAUGACGCGGCUGAAGAUGCACAAAGCGCAUCGGACGGCACAGAGACUGCAGCGGCUGAGAGAGAAUCCAUGACACCGCCAGCCACUGCCACCAAAACAACGAAGGCGGCGCCCGGCGACAGUGACAGCGGCACCGCAGCCUCGCACUGCACCUCCCCCAUUGCGCUUCUUCUUGCGUGUGCGGCGGCUGCUGCGAUGGUGGCCGCGUGA